AUGUACUCCAAAAUUGCGGAACAGUAUGGGGCCGCCGCCGGCAGCCUGCAGAGGGAGCUGUCGGAGCUACAAGGGACGAACCAGCACAAGAACCUCCACCGCAACGUGCCCUUCUCUAUCCUGUGCAAAAGUAUCGUAUUCGUAGUAAUUGCAUUUAUGCAUUGCAAACCUCUUUCCCAAGGUAAAUCAGCAUUACAAAUUUAAUUUGUAAUGCUGGGCUAAUUUGUAAUGCAAUUUAUUUUUAUACUAGUGCGAUGCUUUUGCAUUGCAUAUUCUCUCGCGACCAAGAGGACCGGCUGAGCAACCUACAGGAAAAGCUGGUGGCGAUGCAGCCCAGGCGGUACCCGAGGAGGAAGGUAUGAAAGUACACAACUCCUCCUCCCCCUCAUUUGUCAUGCAAAAUACCCAAUCCACCGUUUGUCUCUCGGCACUAGUUGCAUGACAAGUUCUGGCAGCCCAAAUAGCACUACACUCCAGCGCAAAUUUGUCAUGCAAAACCGGCACUCUUGCUGAUGCUUGUACUGCCGUUCAUGCAAUACAAAUGAGGGGGAGGGGGAGUUCGAGUUGUGCACUCUCAUAGAAGGUACCGUGGCACCAGAAAGUUGGAACAGGUACAACGACUUCUUGCAGCGUGGUUGCACGACUUGGAAGAGGACCGCUCCUGCAUAGAACUGCUUCUUCUUUUCGUAUAGCAAAACACAUAUCAUAGUUGCGUGAAGAUGAAAAAGAAAAAAAAAAAGGUGACCUCGAUGGCGUGUCGACCUCUUUUUCCGUAACCGACGUUGGUUCCGUUUGCGCUUCUGCGGUUUCUAACUGGGAUGCCAGUGGCUGGGUUCCCGUGGCAAGUACAACCGUUUCUGGCACAACAGGCGGCGACUACCAACAUCGUCCAGCGCUCGCCCCGUUGAAAACAGCACAUCAACACUUGCUCAACAAGCUGGCAACUUCGUCAUCCGGAGCAGCUUUGCACCAAACGACGAACGCCGCUGCGAACAAGUUGAACCGCCUCGCAAUCGACGAUAAGCUGCUCCCGGGGCCGUUGCUGCAAAUGGACGUUAAUAAUCAAACAAGGAAACUGUCUACGCGGGCUGGCGGUGCUGGUGGACAAGCAAGUGCAAGUCCAGCUGCAGUUCUUUCCGGCGGUAGAAUAAAUGCUCCUGAACCAGGUACAGGUCCUCUGCAUAGUGAUCGACCAGCACUGCAGCAAAUACCGCCAGCCGCACCACGAUUCAACCACAACACGGGGAGCAAAUCUUCAGACGUCGGGGCUGCAGCAAACACCAGGGACAUCACCGACCAGGACGACCGCAUUGUCGAGGAACUUAUGGCCACCGCUUCGAACGUAAACGUUGGAGGUGGCACUGAUGAUAAACACACAGAACACGACUACUUUGACGGCCCGAUCCGGCCCGCGGGCAGUCUGUGCGGGAGGGAGGACAAGGGGCGGAAGAAAUUGGUCAGUCGCCGCGAGCAGAAAAAGCGGGAACAACAGCUGCAUAAUUCUUAUGCUGGACCCGGUCGUGGAUUCGACGCCCUCGAGGUCGUUGACAAGGAGAACUACCGUCCCUCUUCUGCUACCGCGCUCUUACGGAACAAGGCCGUAGCUCCUCCAGUCGAGAGGAAAGUUCCAGGGAGGAAAGGCCCUGGUGGUGCAUCUGCGAGUGGAGCUCAUGCCGGUCCGUCGUUUUUCAAUGCAAACAAGAAGCAGGUCGGAGAAUCGGAGCGCCAACACGACGAGCGGCUGAGCCAGAUCCGCGGAAACACAAACUCCUCGACCAAUUUCGGCGCAGCACAGCCGCAGCAGCGGGGCGAAAAUAAUAACAACAGCAAUCCUGCUUACGACGCGUAUGCACGGAUGCAGCAGAUGCAGCGUGACCACGACAUUGCGCAGUACUUGCUUCUGCAGAUGAACGGUAAAGGGUCAAGAACCGGCUCUCCAGCUGAAAACGAGGAUGCUGGGACGCUGAACAAUCAAAGCACGACCGCGGCGAUUGCUCUAGUGCCACCCCCUCCCAGCGCACCGCUGAAGCCGAAGCGGUCGCUCGACCAGGAGUUGAAGCUGUGGGAGUCCCGAGUCCUGGAGGAAAAGCGGAAAAGAGUGGAAGCAGAAACGGAGUUAAAACGCAUGCGACAACUGUGGUACGCGCAGGGCGGGGGAGAAAUCGAAAUUCCGUCGGAUUCCGGGUAGAAAGGAGGAUAGGUCACGGGGUAGAUAGUACAGAUAGCAAGUUAUCAUUGCUGUGCUGCCGGUGAUAGAGAUAGUACACAUCCUGAUGCAGCUCGACUGACAAGGAGCGGGUCAUGUCAUAACGUAGGUAUGUGUUUCUUUGGGCGGUAGAGGUAAUGGUCAACAACUGAAGAUGAAAAUGCACCACAACUACAAGACAGCAGUUGUGUCUUUCAUUCAACACUCUACUUUUCAGUGACGGGCGUGAUAGAAAUUUGUUUUCCGCUGUCAACCAGAACGAGAGCCAUUUUUUCAAAAGAAUAAAGAUGAGAUUAAUGCUGUAGAAGUAUCUUAAUCGAGCUACAGCUACAGGACGAGCGGGUCUUCACCACUUCGUGCCGAGCACCUAAGCAAAUCUGAUACCACCGACAUUCUGGUGGCGGUGAGAUCGCGUCUUUUCUCGCUCCUGGCU